AUGGAUUUUGAUUCCUAUUACGAAAAUGCCCGCGUCGCGGAAUUUAUCCACCGCCAUGGCUUCGCUAGAGUUGCUCUACAGUUUCCAGAUGAGUUACUGAAGGAUACGACACGGGUGGUGAAAUCUCUACGUGAGAAGCUUGAUUUGCUUUAUGUUGAGAAUGUGAAGUUUUACGUGAUGGCUGACACAACAUUUGGAAGCUGCUGUGUGGAUGAAGUGGGAGCAUCUCAUGUCAAUGCUGACUGCGUCAUUCACUAUGGCCAUACUUGUCUCAGCCAGACAUCAACUCUUCCUGCAUUAUUCAUUUUCGGGAAAGCUGCUAUCAGUGUGUCAAAUUGCGUGACUGACUUGCGCAAUUGUGGUCAGAGAAUUGGCAAGCCUAUUUUGGUUCUUUAUGGAUUGGAAUAUGCACAUGCAAUACAAGAAAUCAAAGAAGAACUAAUCUCCGACGUGCCAAGGUUCUUUGGAUCCACAUCUGGAUUAGAACCCCUUUAUGCAGAUGUUAGGUGUUCCAUUGUAUGGCCUCCAGAAACCUCUAAAUCUGAAAAUAGACUUAAAUUAGUUGAUAGCGAAGCUUCUAAUGGUCUUGUCAAUGGAACCAGUAUGGCUUAUGGCAUAGGAGGCUUGACUUGGAGUUUACCUGAAGGACACAAAAUGGAUGAUUAUUUGAUUUUUUGGAUUGGUUGGGACAAUCAAGCUUUUUCAAAUGUUGUACUACAAUUCAAUAGUUGUGAAAUAGUCAGGUAUGAUGCAACUGAAGAUUGCUUGGUUACUGAUGUAUCUCAGCAGAAAAAAAUUCUUAACCGCAGAUAUUAUUUAGUUGAGAAAGCAAAGGAUGCUAACAUAAUUGGAAUCUUGGUGGGAACCCUUGGAGUUGCCGGUUACCUUAAUAUGAUUCAUCGCAUGAAGGAAAUGAUAACACAAGCUGGGAAAAAAGCUUAUACUUUUGUUAUGGGAAGACCAAACCCAGCUAAACUUGCUAAUUUUCCCGAGUGUGAUGUUUUCGUUUUUGUCUCCUGUGCACAAACAGCUCUAUUGGAUAGCAAGGAGUUCUUAGCUCCCAUUAUUACACCUUUUGAAGCUAUGGUUGCCUUAUGCAGGGGCAGUCAAUGGACGGGAGAAUACGUGAUUGAAUUUUCAGAUUUGAUUGCUUCUCGUUCAUUUGAAGUAAGGAAAAAGUCAGAAGAAGCACGUUUCUCUUUCCUCAAGGGUGGGUAUGUGGAAAAUCUAGACCCAGAAGAUGAUGACACCAUAGAGAAGGAUGAGAUUCUUGCGUUAGUCGAUGUUACAGAAAAGGCUCUACUAGUACGUGAUAAUGACUCCCUCUCUAUGAAGAAGGCCGAUGCAAAGUCUGGGGCUGAAUAUUUUGCUACCCGAUCCUAUCACGGUCUUGAAAUUAAUGGCGACAACCGCUUACCAGAGGCAUUUUUGAUUGGGAGAAGUGGAAGGGCGUCAGGUUACGAGGAUGAGAAGACUAAGCAGCACAACUCUGUAACUUGA